AUGUUCAGACUAGUCCAACGUCGUGCCUUUUCAGCCACUGCUCGCGCAAAUGACUUCGCCAAGAUGUCCGUUAUCGGUCGUAUUGGUUCCGAUUACCAAGAACUUACCUCCAGCAAUGACACACAGUACCUGAAGUACUCAAUUGCUUGCCAGCCAAGAAAGGACGGUAACACCAACUGGUUCAACGUGACUGUGUUCAACCCACACCACAUCAACUUCAUGACGCAGUACGUCAAAAAGGGUGCUCUUGUGUACGUUGAGUGCGAUGCCUCGAACUUUACUUUCGAGAGAGAAGACGGUUCCAAGGGCCAUUCGUUGAGUUUGGUGCAAAGGGAGAUCAACUUGUUGAAGAACCCAAGAACUGCUGAAACUGAAGGCGAAGGCGAAGCCUCUGCUUAG